UGAAGUCAGACAGUCAGAAAACAUCUAACACCUUAACUUCUGCUUCUGCUUCUACUCAACGACUGACACACAGUAAAGAAAAUGAAGGUCCAAGACUUGUUCAUGGGUUUUGCUCUUGUUGCUGUGAUCAGUGCAGCACCGAUAGAGGACAAAGCUGUAUAUGAUGAAGAGUACCACCCUGAAGACUUCGAGAUAGAUCCUACACAAUAUGAGGAACUCUUACAGAAUCUGCAGAGUUAUGAGAAAGCUCUGGAGAAAGGUUUUGGAGACGAGGAAUUCCUGGGCAUAUCCUUUGACUACGGUGAGCUCCUGGGGACAGAGUUGGAGAACGAAACAUUCCUGGCCGUAGGACUCGGGGUUGAUGUGUCUGUUGGUGCACUUCUUGGAGAUGAGGCGGCCCUGGGUGAAGGCUUUGCAGAUGUGGAGUCCCUGGCCACAACCUUUGGAUAUGCAGAACUCCUAGACACAGAGUUGGGAAAUGACACACUUCUAGUUGCAGGACUUGGGGUUGAGAUGUCUGUUGGUGCCCUGGGCGAAGAUUUUGGAGAUGAUGACAUACUUCUGGCAGCAGCUCUUGGAGAUGAGCCCCUCGGCGCAACCUACGGAUAUGAAGAGCUCCUGGGCACCGAGACUGGAAAUGAGACACUCCUGGCUGCCGGGCUUGGGGUUGAGGUGUCUGUUGGUGCACUCCUUGGAGAUGAGGCGGCCCUGGGCAACGAGGAACUCUUGAAUGUCAGUGAAGAAGAUGAGAAACUCAUGGAGAUUGCUUUGGAAAACCUCAAUCUCGAAGAUGUGCUGAAAGCAGCAGGUUCUGACGGUGAAAUCAGACCUGAUGCUGAAUGAGCUGAGAAAAAUGAAUCCCUCGCUGCACACUGCCUCUCUGCAGGCUCGUGGCUUCAUCAUGGUCAUGAUGCAUAUAAGGCAAAUGAAGUGCAUUAACUGAGGCACCGUCUCAAACAUAAGGGAAAGUAAAA